AUGAGCGACUCGUGGCUUUCUCAGUACAAUAGGUCAGCGGCUACGAGCAGGAGCUCGCUGUCAGGUAUUCAGUAUUCCAGCCACAUCCGCCGUGAGCUCUCGGUCUCGGAACCUUGGGCCUCCGACUACGGGGAGACCGACGACUCUGCGGCCUCGUCCCAAUUUUCUUGCUGA